AUGCAGGCUUCCCUUCCCCUCACCCCCACCACCACCACCACCACCACCACCACCACCACCACCACCACCACGGAGGCGCCCACCAGCCUACUUCCCCCCCACCCGCCUACUUCCCCCCCACCCGCCUACUUCCCCCCCACCCCCCCUCCCGCGCCUCCCCCUCCCGCGCCUCCCCCUCCCGCGCCUCCCCCUCCCGCGCCUCCCCCUCCCGCGCCUCCCCCUCCCGCGCCUCCCCCUCCCGCGCCUCCCCCUCCCGCGCCUCCCCCUCCCGCGCCUUCCCCCUCCCGCGCCUCCCCCUCCCGCGCCUCCCCCCUCCCGCGCCUCCCCCCUCCCGCGCCUCCCCCCCUCCCGCGCCACCCCCCCUCCCGCGCCACGCCCCCUCCCGCGCCACGCCCCCUCCCGCGCCACCCCCCCUCCCGCGCCUCCCCCCCUCCCGCGCCACCCCCCCUCCCGCGCCUCCCCCCCUCCCGCGCCUCCCCCCUCCCGCGCCUCCCCCCUCCCGCGCCUCCCCCCUCCCGCGCCUCCCCCCUCCCGCACCUCCCUCCCCGCGCCUCCCUCCCCGCGCCUCCCUCCCCGCGCCUCCCUCCCCGCGCCUCCCUCCCCGCGCCUGCCGCCGCCCCCGCGCCUCCCCCCCGCGCGCCUGCCGCCGCCCCCGCGCCUCCCCCCCCGCGCGCCUGCCGCCGCCCCCGCGCCUUCCCCCCGCGCGCCUGCCGCCGCCCCCGCGCCUCCACCCCGCGCGCCUGCCGCCGCCCCCGCGCCUCCCUCCCGCGCGCCUGCCGCUGCCCCCGCGCUCCUGCCGCCUCCCCCCCGCGCGCCUGCCGCCUCCCCCCCGCGCUCCUGCCGCCUCCCCCCCGCGCUCCUGCCGCCUCCCCCCCGCGCUCCUGCCGCCUCCCCCCCGCGCUCCUGCCGCCUCCCCCCCGCGCUCCUGCCGCCUCCCCCCCGCGCUCCUGCCACCCCCCCCCCCGCGUCUCUCCCCAGCGCCUCCCCCCGCCCCGCGCCUCCCCCCGCCCCGCGCCCCCUCCCGCCCCGCGCCUCCCCCCGCCCCGCGCCUCCCCCCGCCCCGCGCCUCCCCCCGCCCCGCGCCUCCCCCCGCCCCGCGCCCCCUCCCGCCCCGCGCCUCCCCCCGCCCCGCGCCUCCCCCCGCCCCGCGCCCCCUCCCGCCCCGCGCCUCCCCCCGCCCCGCGCCCGCUCCCACCCCGCGCCUCCCCCCGCCCCGCGCCUCCCCCCGCCCCGCGCUGCCUCCCACCGCCCCGCGCCCCCGCCCCGCGCCUCCACCCCCCGCCCCGCGCCUCCACCCCCCGCCCCGCGCCUCCACCCCCCGCCCCGCGCCUCCACCCCCCGCCCCGCGCCUCCACCCCCCGCCCCGCGCCUCCACCCCCCGACGUAGGAGCCUACCAGUCACUGUCUACUCAGACAAUGCUACAACAUUCCAUGCAGCCAACUCAGAUCUGGCAGAGCUUUUCAAAACCAUGCAACAUACUGACGUACAGCUCUACUGUGCCCACCAUGGAAUCACUUGGAAAUUCAUACCAUCACGUGCGGCUUGGUGGGGAGGCUGGUGGGAACGCAUGA